GUUGUUUGAGAAAAUGAUCUUUAUUCGAUGCAACUAAUAUUUAAGAUAUAAGCACGAUGAUAUAUGAUCGAUGACAAACUAUCAGAGAUUCGCUACACUAAAACGUUAUAAUUCUCUUUAGGGAUUUUGUUUCUCGGAUAUACUUACGAAAAAGUAUAAAAUAAUAUUUAUGGCAAUCAGAUAUAUUAAUAUUUCCUAAAAAUGUAUUAUUUUAAAUAUAGAAAAUUUAUUACAUCUUUUGGUAUAGUGAGAAAUAUGGCCAAUGUCAAGAGAUUCUAUCGAAAAACAAAUAUUAUAUCGAGCAGUGGAAAAUUUGAGAUUGCGCUUGAUCAAAGAAAACUUAAGACUCCGCAAGGAAACAUAUUUGAAGUGGAUAACAAACCGCUUGCGCUCGCAGUGGCAGCAGAAUGGGACGCGCAGAAAGAUAUUAUCGAUAGAGGCAAUAUGCACUUGACAGCUUUGUGUAAUACUGUAAUAGAUAAUCCACACAAACAUACAAAGAUAGAUAUGGUAAAUUAUAUUGUGAAUUGCUUAGAAAUGGAUACACUUCUAUUUCAUUCGAAUGAAAAUGACGAACUAUAUAAAUUGCAAACCGAACAGUGGGACCCGUUGGUACAAUGGUUUUGUGACAAUUAUAGCGUAAAUAUGGUAAAAACUCAAAGUAUAGAGGCUCCCGUGAUAUCUUCGGAAACUAAAGCGAUAUUGCUAAGACAUUUAUUAUCUUACAGCUGCGGUGCAGUUAAUGGUUUUAUGUAUGGUGUAGACGCGAUAAAAUCUGUUAUCCUCACAUUAGCUGCAGCAGAAAGAGUAAUUAGUAUACGAGACGCAGUAAGACUGUCACGUUUAGAGGAAGAUUAUCAGACUUCUCACUGGGGAACUGUAGAAUGGUUUCACGAUCAUAAUAAAUAUGAUUUACAAACUCGUUUAGCUGCAGCGAUAUUAUUCGUGCAUUUAAAUUCUAGUUCGGUGACUUGUCAACCAAAAACUAGUAAUGAAAAUGUUAGUUAA